UUGUUCGUUAUCGCUAUUAGUUCGAAAUGAUGAAGUGCAACGGGUUGCUGAUACUGAUUUUAUAUGCAAUAAGAUCAUCUGUAGCAGAUGUAGAUGACCCGACACUUGUCACUUUACCAAAGGGACAAAUAAGAGGUCAAACCCUGCAGUCUCCAAACGACAAUGCUUUUUAUGCAUUUCAAGAAAUACCAUACGCAGCUCCACCUAUAGGCGAAUUAAGAUUUCAAGCACCUGUAGCGCCAGCAAAAUGGGAAGGAAUAUUAAACACCACGAAAAAUGAAAAAAUUUGUUACCAAAGUGGAGCCGUCCAUGUACCCCUUCCCGGAUUAAACCCAACGGAAGACUGUUUGUACUUGAAUGUUUACACUCCUCUGAAACCUGGAGACACUUCACAAACCCCAUUACCGGUGUUAAUAUGGAUACACGGAUUUCUGACAACAGAAGACGGAGUCAUACCAGGAAACUUGGGAUUAAAAGAUCAACAUUUUGCCAUUCAGUGGGUUAAAAAUAAUAUCGAUUUAUUUGGUGGGGACCCCGAAAAAAUUACGAUAUCUGGUGAGAGUGCCGGAGGAGCAUCUGUGGGAUUACAGUUAGUAAGUCAACGGAAUAAAGGCUUAUUCAGAGGUGCGAUUUUACAAAGUGGUACCUCAAUGAGUCAGUGGGCACAUCAAGACUAUGCAAGAUUCUACGCUUUCGAAUUAGCUCGAAGUUUGGUUCCAAGUUUCACUUCGGAUAAUUCAACGGAAUUACUGCAACUGUUGCAAAGCCUUCCUGCUUCCGACAUAAACGACAACUCAGUUACUGCUGCUGUUGGAAAAGAGUCUGAGUUAAUGGAAGGCCAAGGUUUAAUAUGGCUGCCUGUAAUUGAGGACGCUAGUCUAGAUGGAGCACUCCUCACGGGUUUAUUUCAUGAAGAUAUUAGAACAGGAAACAUAAACCAAAUUCCCAUAAUUAUUGGCUUUAACUCUGAAGAGGCACUAUUUUUUUUGAAAAGUGAUCCUUCAGAGGUUGAGGCGCGUGCGAAAUAUUUCGACAGUGAUUUAUCCAACCUCAUUAGGAACAAGUUCAAUAUGACCAAAGAGAACAAACUGACAGUUGGCUCUAGACUGAGACAAAUUUACACCGAUGGAACAUUCGAAGAAGAUCCUGGGCAAGUAGUGAAGUUUUAUAGUGAUGAGUCGUUUAUAACCGCAUCUAUUAGGCAUGCAAAGUUACAAUCCAACUAUACCGACGUUUAUAUGUACCAGUUUUCAUACCAAGGCAAUAUGGGAGGUAUGAAGGAUUUAGAAAUUGCAGGUGUUCGAGGUGUUGGUCACGCUGAAGAAUUGUGUUAUUUAUGGGACGCGCACCUUUCUUAUGGAUCUCCUAAUGGAUCUCCUUAUGGAUUUCCUUAUGGAUCUCCUUAUGGAUAUCCUUAUGUAUCUCCUGAUGAUUCAGAAGAUGUUAAGACACGUCACCGUUUGUUAACCCUAUGGUCAAACUUUGUCAAAUACCUAAACCCAACUCCAGAAGUGGACAGUUUAAUGGGUAACGUGACGUGGGAGAAAGUUAGUCCAAAUAAUUUGGUGUAUUUGAACAUCAACGAUACACUUGAAAUGCAGACGAAUCCAAGAGACUACCUCAAACGAGAAAGAAUUAUAGACGUGUACGCUAUACCUCCAUUGGUUAAUUACUAAUGUAUCUUGAGAAAUAAACUGUAUCAUUUAUAUUGCUUUUA